GUUGUAGAUAAAUAUUAAUUGCAAUGAGUAAAAAUGGACUGGAAUCGGCCCUACAAACUAUCGAAUAUCAGAAAAAGGUCCAAAAUCUCAAGUUCGAAGAGGCCAAAGAGGGCAGGAGGAGAAUUAAUCAGGGGCAACUCUCCAUUGCCGCGGAUCGAGGCAUCAUCCGAAUCAAUUGCAAUACAAAUUCAUUAGGUUACAACAAGAAGAUGAAAAUGAUAAACGAAAGACUAAGUAGCCAGAUCAUGAAUAAGUACAAGAAUAAAUUCUCCUUGUCUAAUUCUAAGGUAUUGGGUGGAGAUUUCUUGACUAAAGAUACUAUUAAAAUGGUGAAGGGAUCCUCUAAUCCUAGCUCUCUACAUUCUUCUAUUAUCCAAAAAAACAACCCUAAGGCUAAAGAAACUGGCUUUGAUUCGUUACUAAGCCCCCAGAUUUCAAGAGAGGAGAGGAUCAAGGCUAAAUACUGCAGAAAAAUGGGAUUUCUAAACUCCCAAAUAGAAUCAGACGAAAGCCGGCUUUCUUAUGUAAAGCACAGGGGUUCUCAGCCUCAUCUAGGUGCUGUUAAUAAUCUAUUGUUAACUCCAAGCAUCAAGCACAGUAAGAUAGAUGACUUCUUAAAAUCCUACAAAUAAAUGCAAGGUUUCGAAGAAUACUGACAAAGCUGAGAUGAUCAAGGAAGUCCUCGAGAACAUCAAAUCGUUAACCGAGAGAAAAGAAGCAAAUACCUUGAUGAGGGAGAAAGCAAGGUCCCUACCUGAAAUUAAGAUAGAUUCCAGCAGAAAUUCGUCGAUUCAUAAGUCUAAGCCUAAGAAAUUUCGUUUCAAGAUGUCUCAACAGACAAUAAAUAGCGAGAUUAUGAAUAUUGAUACUAGGAGUCCGCAGAAGCAAGAAUCCAUUUUUGAUAUUGAUAACGAACUUCCUGAUAUCAACUUAGAGACGGAACGAAGGCCUGUAGAGUUACCUACACCAACAAUGUUGCCGUUGAGACUAGUUUCAAAUGCCAAGACAUCCAAAAAGAAGAAAAAUUUCAGCCCCAGUCGCACCAGCAUUAAAAAAAAGGCCAAAAAGAAAUUCAGGCUGAAGAAGCUCAAGGUUAAGUCAGUACUUGGGAGGAUAAAAAUUAAGAAGAUCAAAAAGCGCAACCGUUCUCAGUUAGACUCUCCUCUGAGAGACAUUGAUGAUACUCCAGGGGUUUACAGGCAGUUCCAAAGAGGGUUAGAGGGAAAGCCUUCAGGCUUUGAAACCAAGAAAUAUAAAUUAUAGUAUAUUUCUUUGAGUAGUAAUAAUUA